GACCAUGUGAAUAAUGACGUUCCAAUCAAAGCCCACGGGAUCUGAAAUCCCAUCAUCAUUUUGGUUCAACCUUCAUUUUGCAGGAAGAUAAAUUAAUGCACAGAAGAGGUACAAAAUGCACCAAACAGGUGGAUUGAAAAGCGAAGAAGCGAAUGCUGCAGCUUGGGAAGCUGGGAGAGGUGCUGUCGCUGGUGGUGCAAAGGUAUUUAACUCUAUGCGUUUUUGGUCAUCGGAUUUUUAGGAUGUUUAUUGAUGUGAUGCCGUAGUGGGGCUUGUUUGCAGCUGCAUUAGGAGGUGCUGGAUAUGCUCUUUCUCCGAUUUACAAAGGACUGACGAUUCAAUUCAAAGUGUGAGUCAGAUUAUAGUAUAUCGAGGGGUAGUCAGCUAAUAAUCACAUGGAUAGAUUCAUCCAGAUGGGUUUUAUGGUCAUGGGAGGUUCUCUUGAAGCGGAUCGGCGCAUAAGAGAAUAUGAAGCAAAGGUCCGAAUGGAGAGACGUAUGAUAAGGGAUAGGGCUGUUUGGGAUCAAUAUGAAGAUGAAUAUCAGCAAUCAGCUUCAAAACAGGAAAAACCACGGUAAAAUUGUACUCAUAAGGAGUUUUCAUACUUGUACACAACCAAUAUCAUAUACGCCAGCUUUAUCAUGAAGCUCUAAACUCCGUGGUCAUGCUUUUCCUUAUUUUUC